GCACAGGAUGGCGUCCCUUGACCCCAGUGCGGCACCGAAGAGCUAACGGGGAAUGAUGGAGAUGGGAUGAAAAAAAGCCCUGUCCUGCACUGCAAAUGGCCUGCUGUUCAACAUUGAUCGUUUGCUAGUCUGGAGUCAGCUUUGGUGGAUGAAGAAGGCUGGUGAGUCUAAGAUGUUUGACAGAAUCAGACGAUCUGAUGAAGCUUCUGCUUCUUCAGCACAGGGAAUCCAAAGACAUGGUGCUGAAGGCUCUCUACGACAGGACAGCAGUAGCAGUUCACAGGCAAGAGGGCAAGAACAUGCUUGGCCUGGAGUAUCCACUGUGCAAAAUAGACAAGGGUACUGCAACUGUUGCCACGUACACUACAGUAAUCUGGAACAGCAUGUUUUCAGCUCCCAGCACAGACAUUUUACCACAUACUGUAGGAAUCGUACAGGUACCAGUAGCUUGAUGGAGCGUUUCCUGCAAGAUGUUUUACAGCAUCAUCCUCACAGAUACCAUGACAACAGACCAACAUACGAUGACAUGCCACUCCCCAUCACUCUGGAGGCUCCUAGGAUUUCUUGCCUAUCCCCAACAGAGAUGCAGAAAAAGAGAAACAGUGACACACAGGAGAUUUCCAGCAAAGACAAGGAGUCAAUUGGUGAAAUACACUCUUCUGCUCCAUGCCUGUCUCAUGAGGGCACAAAGAAAACUUUUGUAACGCAAGCAGUUUUUCAAAACCGAGAAAGAGGCCAGGAGCAUGUUCCAGGAAUAUCCCAGCAGUCUCUUGGCAUCUGUAGCGAUAAGAAAUGGGUUACUCUGAAAAAUGCAAAUCAUAGCCAUGAAGGUCAGUUUACAGCUGUGAGCCCUGUACCUCAGCAAUUUUCCAUCAGUCCUAUAAUCCACAGUUCUUCUGUUAAUUCUAAAACAGGAAAAAAUGUUAGGGGUUUGGCAGCAUCAAAUCUGUUUCUCCGUAGUGGGUGUGAUGAAAGGGCAACGAAGGCCUGCAGUAGUGAUGUGUUAUUGAACCCAUGCUUGAAUCCUGCUCCAGCACUGGCUCACCCAAAACGCCCUUCAGUUUCUCAUCAGAAUCCUACAUGCAGCCACAGCAAUUCUUUAUUUAUUACCUCAGGUCAAUCUCUCUCAAAGCGAGAUAGUUUACGAACUCAGGAUGAAACUUUGGUGUCUGAUCUCCAUCUCAGGGAUACUGUGGGUAUCAGCAGCUCCUUAGAUCUUGGGACAUCCCCACAAUUAGCAAGAUGCAAAAACGUGAAGACAAACAGAGAUGAUGGAAGUUCAGUGGAUGAAACUAUUGAAGAUGUAAUUUUGAAAUACUGCCAUGAAACUACAUCUGAAGAAAUUUAUAUCACAGAAGAGAAUAAUCCCUGUUUAACUUUUUCAUCACUUCUGGACCAUACUAAUUUAGAGGGCUCUGAAAUGAGUUUUGACUGUGAUGCACCAAUACAGGCAGGAACAGACUUACCUAAGGCAGCUAUAAAAGAUAUAGAAUUCCUAAAAGAGGUCCAAGUAAGUUUGCAAGAUAAAGACUAUGGAACACAGCUCUGCUCUGUCUUAAAAACUGAGUCAAUAGAGAAAACAGAAGCAGUGAAACAGGAUGUCGUAGUUCAUACUGAAGAACCAGUUCUUCCAGCUCUGCCUCAUGUGCCUCCUUCUUUUGUGGGAAAGACUUGGUCUCAAAUAAUGUAUGAAGAUGAUAUAAAAAUUGAAGAACUUGUGCGCGAUUUCAAGGAGGGUCGUUUUCGCUGCUACUUUGACAGUGAAUCGUCAGCCAACUGUACAGGGAAGAGAAUGAAGAAAAAAAAGCAGAAGGAUGAAAAAAGGAUCAAUGUUAUUGAGGGUAACAGAACAGAAGGUGCAUCAGUUAAAGCAUUGCCAGAAUUUAAUGAUGCUUUAAGUGGUGGCUCUGAUUUUGAUAACCCAUCUUUAGCCUCAGAUACACUAUGCAAACCACAAAUACUUAAAAUGCCUAGGAAAAGGACAUGGCGCCUGGCUUCAAGAUGCCAGGUGGUUAAAGUCAGCCACGGCACCCAAACAAGUCUAUUGAACUACCCCGUAGCAAAAAGGAAAAUGUCUAGAAGAGAAUCUGAUCCAGCUGAUCAGAAAGCAAGCGUCACGUGGUUGGAGAAUGAAAAAACUCCAAACAUGAAAACUAGACUAUGUGCCCUUAAACUUCCAGAGUCCUACAGCAAGAUUAUGAGUCCUGUACAGCCCAAGACAGUGGUGUAUGUACUCUCAUGCCCAGAGGUAAAACAGUGUAAAGGUAAACCUGUAGAUACUUCCAAAAUGAGGAAAAAUCGAAACUCCGCAGAUAGCAAGGACUCUGUAAGGUAUAAAUACAAACAAUGUUCUUUCAAGUAUUAUGACCCACUGACAAAUCGAAUUCUGAAAACACCUCCCAAGAGUACAGUUGGAGAAAAGGCCAAAAAGCCCUCCCACGUUCGACAGCUUUUCAGAAGCCUCAGCUUUGAUGCAAACAUGAAAAAACUAGCGGAUGCACAGAGAGAAAGCACGCCAUCAAAGUCACUCAAUUGGUCAGACUACUAUAGUUCAUCUUCAGCAUCUUUCCUGACAGAUCCAGAUAAAGGGAAUGAUGCAGCCUCAAGUCAAAAGGCAGAUGGAUCUUCUGUUUCCACAGAAAGAACAGAUUGUCUUGUGUCUAGUCACUCUGAGAACUCUUUUAAACACUUGAUCAUUUCACCUUUGAACUCUGUGGUAGAAGGAGAUUGUAGAUUAAUUCCGUUUAAUAGAAUUACCAAAACUCCUCUGACCUCCAUCAGGAGUGAGUGGUUAGAGAGGGAGAAUCCAAAGGCAAUAUGGAAGAGAAAAGAAGGCAGUAAUAAAGAACCAUUUUUUUCCAGAAAGGCUUCAGGAUCUAAGUCUGUCACCCGUACUGUUGGGAGGAGAGGAAACAGAGUAACCGCAGGCAAACAGACUUCCCGAACUAAAAAACAGCAAAAAGAGGGGUUGAGAAGACAACUUCAUCCUCGUGCCCAGAAAUCUGCUUUCUCCAUCCAUAGGUGCCAGACAAGGAAGACUACAGUGGGAAAGCACCCUAAGAAAGAAAAGCCUGAUGCUAAAAAAUUAAAGGUGAGGAGUAAACCAAAAAGGGCCUUUCUGAGCUCAACAGUUGUAACAGGGAUUCCUGAAAAGAGGCAGAAAGUCACAUCAGAAUCUUUUCCCAAGAAACCAGAGCGAGCUUCCUCCAAAGUCAGGAACUGGGGAGUAAGUGGAGAUAGGGGUCAUCCUAGCACUGUGAACCGACCCUCUCGAAGAACAACUGCUGUGCCGUUACUUCGAAACUGUCUUGUUCUGCCAGGUGAGAGCUAGCUACCAAAAGAACUUUUUUUUUUCUUUUUUCAUAGCCAGCACCUGGAAAAAGGAAAGGGGAAAAAAGGAGGUCGUGGACAACGCAGUUGAAGUGCUAGAGCUCCAGAAAGUGCAAAGCCAGUCUAAUGUGAAACAAACACAACUGUAAACUCGGCUCUUGUUCCUGGAGUGUGGGGACAUAAUGUAUUGCACUGUUCUACUGUGUAAAGCUGCAGAAGUUGUAGAUUUGAGUUAAAAGCACUUAGAAUCCUGUUUACUAGACUUCACCUGUACAUCAGCAAAAUGACCUUGAAUAGUAUCAUAUUGGUUUUAUGGUAUUAUCAGUGCGUGACAGUGCACUAUAAUAAGUAAUUUAGAAACUGUGUUAAUUAAUUGUGCCUAAUUUAAUUUCUUCACAUAAUUCUAAAGUGCAAAAAAUGACUUGGUUGUUAUGCUAGAAAUUAAAUGAAGAUACAUCAAUUUGGGCUGAAUUUUGUGUAUGUAUUUUGUGUUUGUGUAUAUGCGCACCUUCUUCAACACGUAAUAUAUACUUGCCUGUGGAAUGGCAUUAAAAUUAAUACAGUAUGAUACAAUUCAGAUCAAUUCAGUGCUUUCUUGAAAUGAAAUGUAAUUUUACACGUUUUUGUAUUGACUUUUUUCCUGAAACCAUGUCCAAAGCAGUUGUUUUGAACAAAAAGUCACUGUGGGCUCUCAUCAAGCAAUAAUGGACCAUGUUGGUAAGGAAAUAUGUCUCUUUAGGGAACUGUUCAAAUGGUGGUGGCUAAAGUGAAAUUUCAAAUUCCAAAAGAAAUAUAGGCUUAGAUUUGGGGUUUUUUUGUUUGUUUUUUAGUAGCUUAUUGAUAAAGUUUAUAGGUGAAUUUCACAUUCCUUAGUGGGGGGAAUGGAAAAGUAAUAACGCAAACAAAUAAAUAUUUAAAUAAACCUAAAGUAUCAUCCACGGAAAUGUAUUAGAGUUCAAAUAUUUUUUUUAAAUAUUUAGGUGAAUUAAAAUUAUGUUCCAUAGAGAUUCGUGUUUGGCCACUGAUGCUCCAACCAGUAUGGUUUUAUAGCAAAAAAAUCCCCAUGGUAUUUUGGUUUAGUUUUUUUCUUUUUUUAAUAGUUGUUAUGAUAGCUUAUUUUAUGUGUUUAGGAGACAUAACCCCCAGUCUUGCGGGUGUCUCUUUGCUCUAAAACCCAAGAUUAAUUGCUGAUUUGUAGUAAGUUAAGCACGUAAUUAAACAUCAUCACAAUCCGGACUUUGGUUUUUAAAUCUUCCAUUUGGUAUAUUAUAUAAUCUGUUUUACUGUAGAGGUCUUUGUAUAUUCUGUAGUGGUACAAUAUGUUCUUCAGAACAUGCAAAAACAUGGAAAAGCUCAGACUCUGCUGUUUCUGCCAGUGAACAUAGUGUAUGUGCAUUUUCCCCUCAGAAAACAAAACUAUUCUUAAUUCAUUUUCUGAAGUGUCAAGGAUCACUGAUUUGGACUGAGAUAAAGGUGGACUUGGAAAUGGUUUAUUUUAAUAUACAGUAUGUGAAGGAAAUGUAAAAGCUGUCAUCAUAAACCACAUGUUCAAAGAAUAUUUUUGGGAUAUUUUUAAUGUAUAUGCAUAUUUCCCAAGUUAAAUAGAAGAUGUGCAUGUGUCAGCUGUAAAGUUCCUUUACAAGUCAAAUAUGGUCUGACAGAUUUAUUUGUUUUGGUUUAAUUUAUUUUAUUUUUUAAAUAAAAGUUUAUUUCUAUGGAUGAAUUUUCCUAUGGUUGUCAGUAGACACAGAAUCUUAUGACUGUAUUGCAAGUCACUGGAAAAUGAAGGGUUAUAAUGUAAGUUCUUAUAGCCCUCUUAACUAAUUGUGCCUGUAUAAUUUAAUAUUUUGUCUAAUAUAAAACUGAUGUUUUUAAAGCAAAGUUUUAAAGGAAUGGUUUUUAUAGAAAGGCUAAUUUUUAGAUAAAGCAAAAGAAGAUUUUUAAAUAAAGUUUGUUUUAAAGCAAAGCUUUAACUCUAUAGAUUAAAGUCCCAUUCUGACAUAUUUUUAUGAUACACUAAUGUUUUCCUAUCCAAUUUCUUCCAUCUUAUUUUUCACAGUAUUUUACACAUGAAGAGCAUGAAUUGUUUUAUGUGUGAAUAAGUUUUAGUGCACAUUGUACUUUUAAGAUCACUAGUGCAUAUUUGUGUAGAGUCAAAAUACUGUUCUCCAUACUCAUUCAUUUUAAGUUUGUCUUAUUCCAGUACACAACUUUUCCUUGAAAUCUUAAGUAAUAAAAAUAUCUUGAGGACUAUAAAAUGACUAAUAUUUUUAGACUGUAAUGCCUUUUUUUGUUUUGUUUUUAAUAAUAGACCCCCUUGUCAGGGUGGUUUUUUAGAAUAAAAGUGUAUUAUAUUUAAAUAAAAGUGUAAGUAGUUACAUAUUUUCCUUAAAAAAAAAAAAGAAAAAUGAAAAAAAGUAUGAAAUGUAGCAAUUUAUUAGAAGGACAAGAUUUGGGAUACAAGUCUGGAAAAAUUUCUGUGGUUGACAGUGUCAAAAUAAGGUUUACUGUAGGUUUGGAUGUUAUUCUGUGCCUCACUUCUGAGUGUUCAGAAACCUCUUCUCUGCAUGCUCAAUGACUACUAGGAAAAAAAGGAGAGACAGUGAUAGGAGAAGUAAAUACAGAAACUGCUUUGGAAAGAGAAUUGAUGAACAUAUGUGCAAAACAUAAAUUAUUUCAGAGACGCUCAAUAUCAUGUGCAAGAAGGAGAAAAGGGAAGUUUUCUGGGGUCUUGAGAGAUAGACAAGCACUUUCCUAUUAGAUAAAUAAUACAUAUUCUGCUACCCUAUUUGAAUACCUUGUUGUUUCAUUAGCAGCGUGAAACUUCAAAACAUGAUUGUGAAGUCUACACAAAGGGCAAACUUGAGAGCUGAAAUACUUUCUGAAACUAAUGGGAGUUUGGGGUGAGAUUUUUUUGUUUUAAUUUUUGUUUGGUUCGUUUUUCUUUUUUUAAUGUUAGUGGACAAAGAUGUUUUGUCAGUAUGUUUGCAUGUGUUAAUAUAGAGAAGCAAGAAAAGAUAACUGGAUUAAAGAGGAAUAAAGUCAUGCUUUUUUAUUCUAAUUGACAGCAGUUAGAACCAGGAUAUUUUACAAUAGCUGAGAAAAAUGUUAAUUUCUUCUUCAGUGCAUAUGCAAUUUUGACCUUCUGCAAGUUCAUAGGUUUUUUUGGUUUUAAUACAUUUCGUAUUUUUUAAAAAUUCUCUCUCCACACAAAGUACUCAUUCAGCCUUUUAAAACAAUCUUAGUCUAAGUUUGCUAGGUUGUUAUUAUUCACUAGUAUUGUGAACCAUGAGUGUGAGCCAGAGUCGUACUGUGCUAGGGUGCUAACCAAACAUGGAAUAGCAAGCCCCCAAUACUUUAAACGUCUUACACUUGCACCAAGCAGUUCUUCAGUUAAUUUUCUGAUAGGAUUUUUUGCUUUCUUGUUCUUUCUGACAAGUUUGCAUCCAGUGUUGUUGUAAUUGUAUUAUGAAAGCAUUCCUCCCUGGGACUCGGAUAAAAUGAGGUGUUUCUGUUUGAGACUAUAACUUAAUCUGAAGUUGUGUUUAAGUUUCAUGCCAAAUUUGUGCCCAAAUGACAAUAUGUGUUUUUGUGGUUUUCAUGUUCUUGUUAUUGGUAAUGUAUUUUGCAAUACUUUUGCUUGAUGCUGUAAUCUGUUAUCUGCUUCUCUGUCCCUGCUGUCUGUGGUCAUUUGACACAUUGUGAGUUUGUAAGGAUACAGCGAUAUUACAAACUUGUCCAGUGCUAUUGCUGGAUGUUCUUUCUUUGUAUCUUCUGCUCAUUUAAUUUCCGGUUUAUUGUUUCCAUUUUUUUUCUCAGUCAUGUAUUUGGAUUUUUUAGUAUUGUAAAGAGCUAAAUUACAGGACAGUGUAUUCUCUUUGGAAGUGAAUCAGUGACAGGUAAACAGAAGAGGAUGGUAUCCUGAUCUGAAGCGUAGAGGGCAGGCUGGUACCUGUGCUCCUGUGCUCAGGAGUCUUAUUUACUUCACUGAAUAGUGGGAAACAGGAGCAGCAUGAUGAUUCUUUAUUUCUUUAGUGGUCUUCCUUUCUUUGUCUCUUAGGGUCAGCUCUGCCUGAGAACAGAGUAUCUGAAUUCAUACUGGAAAGAGAAGUGUUUCAGCUGUUGGUGUUUUGGGGACAGAUAGGAAAAGUAAAAUGUGUCUCACUAAUGUUACUAAAAUCCCAGAAUGUUUGCCUUUAAUGAUUUAUCUGCUAUGAAUUACAGCAUUGCUGAUAAUGUUUUUCGGAAAAAUUUGUAAUAGCAUAGCUCUGAGCAUGCCCAGAAACAAAGGUUUUGUUCCUUGUUUGUUUGUUUUGCAGUUAUGAAUUCAUUCAUUCCUUCAGCAGAACAAAUCUUGUUUUAAUAAAAUAAAGACUGAAUAUUCA